AGCCGCCUGCGUCCCACUCCGUCCUCCUGAGAGCGCGGCGUCACAUGUACCCGGGUUGAGUGUCGUAUCCUCCUUCCUAUCAGGGAGGAAUAAUAAUAGACAGACGCUUUACUUUUUAAGUAUUCAUGGAUUGGCAGACAAUCAUUUCAUUCUAGGAACUUCACACACUACUGGAUUGGACAAAUCUACAUUAGUCGCUAAGCUUCAAUUUCCGUCGCCAUGUGGGCAUACAUUUUUCUGACAUGUUUGGCGGCAGGGAUUGUGGAGGCAACAUCUCCUUAUUGCUUCGACAUCGACAAGAAGACGGGGAAGCAGUUGUGUUGUCCACCCGGAAAUGACGGAAAUGGAGAGUGUGUGGAAUACCUUCCGAAGAAUUCCCUGAGGCAUAUGAAGGGCGUCGAGAGUACUGAGGAGUUUAACAGAACGAAAGCCUACGUCGUCUCGCCACCUCAAGACAGUGAUGACUCGUGUUGCUGUUUGGAGGAGAAAGAGCGGAUGUUGCUGAAGACUGUGGUAGCAGAAGGGGGAGAAACCUAUGAAGUGGCCCAAAGCGACACAGACAUGGUACAACCUGUGGAGACAGUGACUUGCCGUCUCAUCCCUUGCAUAAUACCACCUCAUCGCCAAGACAAGGGUAUCAGUUGUUCGCAGAAAUGGAGCAGCUGGGAGGUGUAUGCCAAAGACCCCGCUAAUGAAGAUAUGCUACGCGUUGUGAGUUUCAAGGUGCCAAGCGGGUGUCUUUGCGAUUCCGAUGCAGCGAACGUUCAAGACAGGAAGCUGCAGGACCCAUCUGCUUAUGACAUGGAUCACUGGCUACAGACAGAAGUGCGUAGGUUGUUUUUGAACGCAGGUGACAUUUACGACACUCAUUCAGUGGCGAAAGGCACAAGAACGCUGAGGUACCCUGUGAAAAGACAGAUUCAGCAGGGAGGGGAGGCAAUGUCGACCAUAAGGAUUCUGGCGCUUAUCCUAUCCAAGGUGGAGCCGUCAGACAGACUUCCCAUUUUCCAUGAAGUCAGGGGAAUUAUGAGUGAAAAAGUAAACUAUAUGCGAGAAGCAAGAAAGAUAAUUGAGGCGAUCUUUGGCGGGGGCGGGACGGCCGAUGAAGCCACGGACGUAGGUUCCUCUGGCGGUUCUACUGGGAAGCCAGACACAGGCCCACAGUCACAGGAGACCGACGACACACUUAAAGUGAAAAUAAUACAAUUCUUAUUAAGACGUGCGAUGGCCGAGGUGAUGUGUAACGCAACGGUGGUCAUCAAGUUGGAUGAGUACAAGACACCCUCCUUCCUCCCUCAAGAAUUCAUCAAAGAAAUGAAUAGGAAUGAAAACGUCACGGUCUCGCCCAUCGCCAGCAUGCUCGUCUCCACCGCGCUCCGUUGCCGCGACACGGAUGUCCUGCAGGCGAUUAGGAACGGACGCCUCGCCCGGAUGAUCGUGUCCGCCGAGAUGGUCAGCCAAGGCAUUGCAAAGGUUCUGGAUGAUAGUGAUGGCAAAAUUAGUGCGAUUAUCCAAUUGCGGUGAUCCCUUUCGCAACCCUCUCGUGUUUGAUGAAACAAAGUUGCAGAAAUUCGGGGCUUCUUUGACAGAGUUCUUGAAUCCAUGAGUAAUAGUGGCAGCGUGAUUGAUACCACUGUGUGGAUGACAACAACCGAAAAUGACAAACAAUCAACACCUGGAAUGCAUGAAACUACAACUUUUCCAGCUGUGACGUCAAUCCAUAAUUUAAACCCCGGGGGGGGGAAGGCACCAGGGUCAGAAGAGACCAUGGGGAACCCAGUGAUCCCACCUGAAGAGCAGCUUCCUUCAUCAGAAUACAUGAGCUUCAAUGACACUGGUGCUGUCCUAUUUUUUCUAAUUGACGGUGACCGGGGGUUUCUAGUGACCAAUCGGCCGUUGACAGAGAUGCCAGCGGGAGGAAAGCCUGUGACAUCAACGACCUCAGUCCCAACUCAGACUGUGAUGGAAAGUGAAACCACAAGUAUAUCCGAAGUCCAGACUGAAGAGACUCUUACUCCUACAACAUUGCCUAGUGGAUUGACGUACAGAAAACCCCCGCUUUUCCCCGACUCUUCUGAUACUGAUGAUACAACAGAAUAUUCUUUCUCAGGCACAACUGGAAAGACUACUACAUCGUUUACUGAUGAGACACCAUACUCUUCAUUGGCUGUGACUGAGGAAGAAACUACUACCUCAAUUGGUAUAAGUACAGAAAUGACAAAUACUCCUGUGUUAUCAACUGAUGUUUCAAAAUCUCAGACCGAAACAACAAACACAUUUGAAACGGUAGCUGAAAAUUCAACAGUGGAAACAGAGUCGACAACUGGCUCAAUGACUGAAGAAACAGAAGGUGAUGGCUUUCUAACUUCAGACUCUACAGCCGUGGAAAUAACAGAAGGAACAAUGACCAAAGAAACCGGAACAACAAAAGUUAAAAAAAGGAAAACCAAAACGAAAAUUUUCUACCGAGUGGGUUUACGAGCGAUUGGGUACAGAAAAACAUUACUGGGAAUUGACUCCCAAAGAAACAUUUACAGAAGAAAUGGUAACAACAACAGCAAUCGGUGA